ACGGUAAACGCUGCUCCUGCUAUGAUAGCGUUGUAAUUAUUUGUGUGUUAAAAAACUUGAUUUUGGUAUACAAAUUAUGCUAAAAGUGUGUGUGCUUCGUUGAUGGUAAUGAAGAAUAGCUCAAAAUACAUAAACAUAAUGCAGAAUACAGAGCCAAACAUCGCAGUCCAAGAUGAGGGUGCGGUUGAGAACGUCGAGCAGGCAAAGCACGCUCAAGAGGCCCUAGCACCAAAAUACGAUUUGGAGAAAGAGCUGGCCGGCAGAACUCUGGCGGACUGUGUCCAUGAAACAUUUAACUUCGGGGAAUCGAGCUUGACGGACGUGGAUAAGUUCAAGAGGCGACUGAUACGUUCCAUUGCCCGGUACACGUUCGUGGACAAGAUGCCGCAGAACGAGAUGUGGGAGAAACUGCGCAAGGACACUGACUGCGACUGCUUUUUGCUCAUGAAACGUAUGCGAGCGUUGACGUUGAAGAAGCUCAAACGGCUUCUAGCUGCGGAGGAUGAGCUGGAAAACGUGACGAAGGUGGCGCGACUCACCACGACAGACUGGCUGCUGUUCGACUUGGUGCUCGUCCACGAAAACGUCGAUCUCAUCGGAAAGGAUUCCAAGUCGGAAAAAACCGUGGAACCCAAAGUUUUGACUGAGCUGUUGGAAUUGGUUAGUAAAUAUAAAAUUGAAAAAUAUCAAGAGUACAAGUUAAGUCUCACCACAGCAUGGUUGCUGCUGACCAUCGAAUACAACAGUCGAGGGCGGCAGUGCUCGCCGAUGCUGCUGCAGCGGCGCUGGUACCAGAUGAAGCAGGUGACGCGGCUCAAGUUCUACACGUUCUGGUACUCGUACCGCGGGAACACCACCCGCCUGCAGCAGGCCUGGGACAAGCGCCCCACGGAGCUGGAGACCAAAAUUGCCAAACGUUUUCCUCAUCUCAUAAUCCAGCCAUUUCGUGAGUGGGAAGAGCUGGUCGCCAACGAGGCGGUUAUUCUGAGGGAAGACUUUGAGAAGUUGACUGUGGUGGAGCCUGCUAAUAACAAAAACGUCGACGAUGUUGAAAUAAUUGAAACGCCGGUAGAAACUAUACAAGUCGACGAGGAUUCUGAUGUUGAUGACAUCGAAACAACGCAAGAACAAGGUGUUAAGCUAGACACAGAUGCAACGAAGCAAUCAAACGGCGGGGAACUAGGUGUACGCAUUGUUAAUGUAAAAACUGAACCUACUGAUAAUAAUCCAAACAAUAUAUCACCGAAACAUGAACAAAGUUUAGACGAAAUGAAUCGUAUUUCACAUAGUUCAGACAUUAAUUAUAAUGAGGAUAAUGAACUUUUGCCUAAAAUAAUGAACGUUACCGGUGGAGUCGAAUUGAUAGAAUCAGACGAUGAGGCUGAUGUAUUAGUACCGCAUCAUGAUUUAUCUAAAGAUAGCAGUGAAAUGAAGGAUAAUAAUAAAAAUACAGAAAUUAAUACACCUAAUUGUAAAGUCAACAGCGAAGAUGGAUCCAAUAUAUUAUGUUCUAUGUCAGAUAGUAAUAAAAUAACUGAUUUUGCUGAUGACAGACAAGAUUUUGAAGUGCAAUUUGAUGAUUUAAUAAUUAUAGACGACGGAAUUGCGAUAGAGGACGACGGCAUAGAAGACGAAUGUGAAGAUAUGAUACAAGUGAAACCUGAAACUGAUCAACCCAAAGAAAAUACAUACGAAGAAGAAGACACACCGAAAUUCGAUUUUAAACUUUUACUUACACCGGUAGUUUACACUAAAAAACUUGACGAUAUGGACGUAUUUAAAUUCAUUGAUUUCUCAAAGGUUAGUGAUAAAAGAAUAAUUGAAUGUUCUUAUAAAGAAAGUAAGCCAGUAGAUAUCCGAGAAAAACAUAAAAUUAGUAAAGGUUUAAUGAGUAAAAGUGUGGAGCAAGAAGUAAUUCAAGAUAAUAUUGCUCAAGCCAAAUCGGAAAGAAACGUCAGUAUUAUAUCAGAAUUGGAACAUAGUACUGAUUCUUCUAAUCUGAUAAGUGAUCAUCAAAAAAUUAAAUACUCGAGUUGGCUUCUUCAAAAGCCUAAAAAUCGUACUUACAACCCAAUACAACUGUGUAAGAAUCCAGACUUUAAUACUAGAUUAAAAAGACUUAAUGCAGGUUUUCUGAUGAGCGAAAGGAAUAGAUUGAUGUUAAAAGAAUGUAAACCUUUAACCGUUGACCUACAUAAAGCAUUUGAAAUUAAGAUGAGUGAUGGAACACUGUAUCUACAAAAUAGUAAGUUUACACAUAAUUGUAACAAAACUCUUGAUUCGCAUUCUUUUGUCGAAUCUAAAACUAUAAAAACACUUGAGAAAAAUGUAGACUUUUUACAAGAAAUACCCAAAAACGAACACAUCACAACAAAUGUUGAUUUGAAGUCAGCUGAAAGUAAUCACGAAAGUAAUUUAAAAUAUGAAUACACAAUAAAAAAUAAAUCAGAAGUAUUACUAGAAACAUCUCCAGAAAUAGCAAAUCAAAUACAUCCUUUGCAAAUGAUUGAAAAUGAAAGCAAAGAAACAAAGUUGAAUAAAAAUAUUCAUCUCAAAAAAGAUGCUUAUGGAUCAUCUGCAACAGAAACAAACCAAAACCAACAAAAUUCAUUGAAACACAACAUUUCGGGCACAAAAUGUUACAAGGAAAAUGUUGACGAAAAAAUUGAAGCUAAAGGAUAUCAAUAUUCAAUAAAAAGAGAACACAUGCAAGACGGCAUAAACUCUUCUACAGAAAAAGUUGUUAAUGAAAAAAUUGAGGCUCAAGAAAAUAAUAUAAGCUUAGAAACAGAACAAAUAGAAACUUGCAAAGACAUUUGUGACGUAGACGAUGUACAUAAAAUUGAAGAGGAUAUAAUUGAACCCCAAGAAUCAGAACCAACAAAUUACAGGAAGGGAAAAAAACAGUUAAGCAGACUACAAAUACAAAGGUCACUUAGCAAGUUAUUCAUGAAAGUAAAUUAUCGCAGUUCAACAGCUUUACCUAGCCGAAUACCUCUGAAGUGGGAUGCUAACUCAAAGCCUACUCAGAAUAAUAUUAAAAUUAGUGACGCGUACGGCGACGCUCUGUUAGCGUCUUCGACUCUAGAGAAAAUGAUUAAUGUAUUGGCAUAUCAACCAGUUGACAACAAACUAAAAAAACACAAACGUAAGAAGGUUUUAGAGCAUUUGACUGGACAGAAAAUACCUUGGAAAAAGAAAAAUUUAAACAAUGUGAAGGGUAAAAAUAUUGACAAUAUAUCAAGUGAUGAACUUAAGAGUGCUGAAGAUAUUGAUAAAAAUGAUAAUAUUGGAACAGAAGCAAAUGGUAAGGUUAAAAAUAUAAAUAAUGUUACCAAGGUUAAAAAGGACAAGUCCAAAGACAAAAAUGGAGUUGCGACUAAACAAACGAAAAGUCGAUAUUGUUGUUGGGCUCUAGAAAAAUUAUUAACUAACAAACAACCGGAAACUCCACAUUAUUGCCCCCAUCCAGUAUGUAUCUGUUGUUGUAGAGAUCGCCUUUUAGAAAAAACAUUGCAAGAUAAAAAAGCCAUUGGACCAAUAACAAAAAAACGUAAAGUACCAAAUACAGAAAAUAACCUUCCUGCUAAUAAAAGUAAAUCCAAAACGGACAUCGAAAUUAAAGACCAAGUAACAGCUGAACCUAUGUCAAUUAUUCUUUCUGAUGAUGAUGAAGUUGAUGCCAAAGACGACAGCAAUAUUGAUGAAGCUAAUAAAGUUAAUGAUUGCAUAAAUGUUGAUACUGCCCUUUCUAAUUUGCAAGAAUUGGGUCAUUUGAAUGAAAGUAAUGAUGGAGAAUGUUUGUCAGUUCAAAGCACUGUUCCGUCAAUCCAGAUUAAAUUUACUAGCCCUAACCAGUCAACAUCAUCUACACAAACAAGUAAUUCCAGCUUUUCCCAAACCUGUAAAACUCGUGUUUUCGCACGAAAUUCAUCUAAUAAUAAUUUUAACACAUCCAAAACCAUAGAAAUACCACCUCUUAGAGUAACUUUUGCUUCAAACAAUCAAACUCCUAAACCAACUGGCCAAAUGUCCCCUUUCAGUAUUCAGCUAGAAAAUGCGAACGUGACUAAAUCUAACAGCAGAAAAGACCAGUUUAAAUACAAUAUCUUGCCACACAGUACUGAGACAUCAAAACCUAUUUUCCUAGGUGAAAAUAAAAUUUUGCUUUAUUCAAAAGACAAACCUGAGUCAGCAAUGCCUAAACAGUCAUCACCAAUGGAAGGAGAUUUAUCGAGUGACCCAUUCACUCAAUCUCUUUUACCACCCGGAGUCCAAAUUGUUCUAUUACCCAGCGGCGAGUUGGCUCUUUCCAUUCAGCCCGGAUUAGAAUUCAGUAGUGAAGAAAUAGCAAAACUGUCGGAUAUACUGAUGUCUGUUCAACAACAACUUACAACAUCCGUAAAAAAUAGUUCCACUACAGGAAAUUCUGAAACCAUAGGACUUGUCACUCAAAUUGCAAAUAAUGAAAUACCUUUACAAACAAAAUCAAAUGAAACCAUUUUAGAAACAAAAUCAAGUGAAACAGAGCACCCUAAAGAGCUUGUCAGUAUUAAUAAUGAUGAUAAUAGCCAAGGCGUUGUUAAUAUCGUUCCUCAUGAUGCUGAAAGUAAUGCUAUUGAUAAAAAUCCUGAUGACAGAGGAAUUAUGCUCGAAACCCAAAGCCUGCAAACUUCAAAUGAUACAGAUUCUCAAAUCAAUAAAAAAUCAAUACUAUCAGAUCUAAUGGAAAUGUCUGGCAUUUCCGAAAAAGACGCCGUUACAGAAGCUAAAGCACUAAAUACCUCUAAGAAAAGUCCAGUGACUCCUGUAAUCUCUUUGGCUCCAGAAAUGGGACUAAACCAAACUGAACUUGGAACCAAUACUCAAAAUAAAAUUUGUCGAAGUCCUACAAUAAGCGCAUCACUAGAAAGUCGUAAAGAGCUAUCAGUAGUUUCUUCUUUCGAUGAACUAAAAAAGUGUCACGAAAAAAGUUGUCAAUUUUAUAAAAUGGAUAUAAAAACAGGAGAAAUAUAUCCCAUAAAUCUUAAAAUUAAGAAAAAACCUUUAGCUCCCAUUAAGGAGAGAAAAGGAAAAACUUUAACAACUAAAGUCCCUAGUGCGUGUAUCGAUUUGACACAGGAUCAAGGCGACGAAGUCGAGAAAGAAACCGAACCAACAGUAGUUGAAAAAGGAAAUGUUAAACCCGUUAAGUUAAUUCGGACAAUUCAUUCAACGGGUUCCAAUCCUACUAGGUCUAUAAUAUUGGAACCGAGACAAACUUCAUUAAGAUCACAAGAACCAAGCCAACUUGUUAAUAUUUUAAGAUCGAAGAGAUCUCUAUUAAAACGUUAUUUAGAUACAGGUAAUGAUUCAAGUAAACCUACAAUACUCGAAGGAGAAAGUGAGAACGGAGGCAGUCGUUCGCCCCAUUCCGACUCCGAAUCCGAUGACGAACCGUUGGCUAAGAAAGCAUUGCGCAAACGUGAUGAUAAUGCAACUAUGGUAUAUUCACCUUUGACAGAACCCAGUGAAAUUAGUGGCCCGAUAGAUAGUAUAGAAAAUUCUUUACAAUGUACGGAGGACGUAAUGGACGAGGAACUUAUGGACCCCGAAUUUAUGGACCCCGACUCUGAAGGCGAAGAUGAAGGCUGCAUUCUAGGGGUGUAAGAAAAUCGUAAAACUUUUAGGAUUGUCUAAAUCAGCCAUUUUCAAAGAGUGCCCGCGGAGCCCUGGGGCCAGGCCUUGUAGUAAACAUAAUUUCUUUUUAUAAAUUACAUCAGACACCAACAUAGACACAAUUCAUUCAA